UCAACAAUUCAACAUACAGAAAAACAUUAAUUUGACAUUUUCGAUCAGAAUCCGUGCAGCAUCGUGUAUUUUUUGGAAAGCACGUGUUGGAGAAGCUCAACAAGCUGUUAGCUGAUAAACAACUGGUCAACGAUUUAAUUUUUGUGAUCGCAAGUGCAAUCUAAAAUGGCAGUGAAAAAUAAAAAUCAAAAAUCGAAAAAGGAGAAGCCCGCGGAGAAAACCAAGGCUCCUCUGCCUGUACAUGAAGAAAACGAUGAGGAUGAAGAUAUGGAGGAGGAUUCUGAUCCUAGCGAGAAUGAGGAAAGUGACGAUCCAAUAGAAGACGAUGGUUCCAAUGAUGGCAAUGAAGAUAAACAGGAAGCGGAGAAGAAAGAUAUAGAAGCGACUAUUUUUGUGGGACAUCUUAAAUACGACAUCACCAAGGAAGAGUUGAAGGAAUUCUUUUCUAAAGUUGGAGAAAUUGAGGAUGUUCGGAUUAUCAAGAGAGGAGGUUAUGCUUUUGUGAAAUUUGCAGAAAUAAGCGCUAUGGAGGAAGCUUUGAAACUGGAUAAUGAACUAUUGGGUGGAAGGAAACUGCAUGUGGAACAUGCUAAGCCAAAACGACCUUCCGGCAACAAGAAAGGACAAAAGCGUGCGGCAAAUAAGGAGGACGAUGAGGAACCACAAGCUAAACGAACUAAAUCGGGUGAUGAAGCUGGUAAGCAGGUUAGUGCCAAGAAAGGUAAACCAAAACAGCAACAGUCAAAACAUCCAAAUAAAAAGAGGAAUAGAGCAAAACCAGGCCAGUUCGUAAAGGCAAAGUAAAGUGGCCGGCACAUAAGUUUAAAAUAUGUAUUAGUUGAUAAGAGAAAUAAGCUUGAUGUUUUUUCCAUUCAAAAUGAAUAAAUUCAAUUGACGAAAAUGC